GUAUGAUUAUCGAGAAAUGCUGCACAAUGCCACUUUCUGUCUGGUUCCUCGUGGCCGCAGGCUUGGGUCCUUCAGAUUCCUGGAGGCUUUGCAGGCUGCCUGUGUUCCUGUGAUGCUCAGCAAUGGAUGGGAGUUGCCAUUCUCUGAAGUGAUUAAUUGGAACCAAGCUGCCGUCAUCGGCGAUGAGAGAUUGUUAUUACAGAUUCCUUCUACAAUCAGGUCUAUUCAUCAGGAUAAAAUCCUAGCACUUAGACAGCAGACACAAUUCUUGUGGGAGGCUUAUUUUUCUUCAGUUGAGAAGAUUGUAUUAACUACACUAGAGAUUAUUCAGGACAGAAUAUUCAAGCACAUAUCACGUAACAGUUUAAUAUGGAACAAACAUCCUGGAGGAUUGUUCGUCCUGCCACAGUAUUCAUCUUAUCUGGGAGAUUUUCCUUACUACUAUGCUAAUUUAGGUUUAAAGCCCCCCUCCAAAUUCACUGCAGUCAUUCACGCGGUGACCCCCCUGGUCUCUCAGUCCCAGCCAGUGUUGAAGCUUCUCAUGGCUGCAGCCAAGUCCCAGUACUGUGCCCAGAUAAUAGUUCUAUGGAAUUGUGACAAGCCCUUACCAGCCAAACACCGCUGGCCUGCCACUGCUGUGCCUGUCAUCGUUAUUGAAGGAGAGAGCAAGGUUAUGAGCAGCCGGUUUCUGCCCUAUGACAAUAUCAUCACAGAUGCUGUGCUCAGCCUUGACGAAGACACUGUGCUUUCAACAACAGAGGUGGAUUUUGCCUUUACAGUGUGGCAGAGUUUCCCCGAGAGGAUUGUGGGGUAUCCUGCACGCAGCCAUUUCUGGGAUAACUCCAAGGAGCGGUGGGGGUAUACAUCCAAGUGGACAAACGACUACUCCAUGGUGUUGACAGGAGCUGCUAUUUACCACAAAUAUUAUCACUACCUGUACUCCCAUUACCUGCCAGCCAGCCUGAAGAACAUGGUGGACCAACUGGCCAAUUGUGAGGACAUUCUCAUGAAUUUCCUGGUGUCUGCUGUGACAAAAUUGCCUCCAAUCAAAGUGACCCAGAAAAAACAGUACAAGGAGACAAUGAUGGGACAGACUUCUCGGGCUUCCCGUUGGGCUGACCCUGACCACUUUGCCCAACGACAGAGCUGCAUGAAUACGUUUGCCAGCUGGUUUGGCUACAUGCCGCUGAUCCACUCUCAGAUGAGGCUUGACCCCGUCCUCUUUAAAGACCAGGUCUCUAUUCUGAGGAAGAAAUACCGAGACAUUGAACGACUUUGAGGAAUCCUACCGAGGGGGGUCCAGCUGCUCUCUCUUCCCUGUGCAGAUUCAUCCACUCGUCAGCAGAGCCAGAUUGUGCCAAGUAUCCAAAUAAACUUAGAUGAAUGGAAUGACAAAAAAAAAAGGCCAAUGAGAACUCAACUCCUGGCUGCUGGGACUGCACUGGACAGCUCCACUCCUCACUGGCUUCUGUGUCCCAAGACUAGGUUAUGUACAGUUUAAUUAUGGAACAUUAAAUAAUUAUUUUUGAAAUGAUUGCUAUGCAGGUUUAAACUUUUUUAAUGAUCAAAACUAUUAAAAAACAGAGUUCUUUCUUUAAUCAAAA